AUUUGAAAAAAAAAUUGUAGUUUCAAACAGUUGUCGAUUAAGAUUUGUACUAUAAUUAAUUGCAAUGAAAUACAAUGUGCUCUUUGUGCUUGUCUGCUUUCUUGCAGUAUGCAAAUCGAAAAUGUUCGAAAUCGAACUGAAACGAAUGAAGUCUGGAUUUGAAAACAUGCUACAAGAAAAAAUCUCACCAAAUGUUAUAGACGAAAUUUUUUCUGUAGAAGCUAAAAUUUAUAAAAAACUAACCGAAAAACUUGGAAAUGUUGCUCCAGUACCAUUAUUCAAAUUCCUUGAUGCUGAAUAUUACGCUCAGAUACUGAUUGGAAGCCCUGGUCAAAAGUUCAACGUAGUUUUUGACACGGAAUGGCCAAUUACUUGGGUUCCAUCUGUUUUGUGCCCUUCGUUUCAGAUUCCUUGUGCAUUAAGGAGGAAAUAUGAUGGAAAUAGAUCAUCGAAAAGCGUGAAUUUAUUAAAAUCAUAUAAAAUUCCGGUCGGAUCCUCAAAUUUGACAGGACUUCUAUGGAUGGACGAUGUUCAUGUAAACACGGCCGGUGUGACCAAUCAAACGUUUCUCGCAGCUUCACACAUUCCGUGGUCAAUGGUGUUUUCAAAAGUCGAUGGUGUAGUCGGCCUGGCGCCGAACAAUGAUGCACUGCCUAAUGCUUUACCACUGUUUCAAAAUUUGAUUAGACAAAAUAAAAUACAAAAGAAUAUGUUUUCAGUUUAUUUGAACAGGGAUCCGCAUUCUUCGAAAGGUGGUACUAUUCUCUUUGGUGGAAUUGAUCCGAAACAUUACAAUGGGUCAUUUACUUACCUGAAGGUAGAUCCAAAAACCAAAUUGUGGUCGUUUAUAAUUAAUAAGAUUUAUAUGGGAAACACCACAGUAUGCAGCACAGGUUGUAACUCACUUCUAGACACGAGUUCAAAUUUUAUCACGGGACCUUCGAAAGAUAUUGAAAAUUUUAAUAAGUUCUUAAACACGACUUAUUUAGGAGGUGGACACUAUAUGGUUGACUGUGGCAACGUUAAUAAAUUGCCGCCUUUAUACAUAUCAAUGGGAGGGCGUGACUUUAAGUUAAAAGGAGAAGACUACGUACAAGAGUUGGAAAUCGGACCAUUUACAUUCUGCCUUUCGCUUUUAGUGAGUAGCACCGACCCAUUCUGGACUCUUGGGGGCGCCUUUAUGUCGAGAUACUAUGUUACAUUUGAUAUGGAAAAUUAUAAAGUUGGUUUUGCUAAUGCACAAUAAUAAUUGUUAAUGUGCCGACAAAAAAAUAGAAACAUUUUGCAAAUUGUAUUUGCUUUCAUCAGCCGUGAUUGAAUUCCAUUUUUUUAUUAGUUGUUUGUAGAGGCCAAUGAAGAAUGAAGAUCACACGUUACUGUGUAAUUA